UUCUUUCUGUCCCUCACCCGCUCAUCCUACGCUGCAAAAACUCAUACAUCCAUCCAAAUCCACUUCACUGCUUAAAGAUUCACUCGUAGUUGGCUUCUCAAUCAUGAAUUCCCGUUCAAUAUCCAACCCUAAAUCGGCUUCUUCCUCAAUAGUUUAUCAGGUACCGGCGCUAAAUGCCAAUGAAAUGGACAGCAUUGCAGACAAAACCUUCGAAAGGUACACCUCAAAGACAGUGAAGAGGAGGGGUAAAGGAGUCGCCAUUGUUUGGUUUAGAAACGAUUUGAGAAUACUCGACAAUGAGUCACUGUUCAAUGCUUGGGUUUCUUCUGACUCGGUUUUGCCGGUUUACUGCGUUGAUCCUCGUAAUUUCGAGAAUACGCAUUACUUUGGCUUCCCGAAAACUGGAGCUCUGAGAGCUCAAUUUCUUAUGGAAUGCUUGUCUGACUUGAAGAGGAAUCUGAUAAAGAGAGGGCUUAACCUACUUAUUCGACAUGGGAAACCCGAGGAAAUUCUCCCUUCUCUUGCAAAUGCUUUUGGAGCUCAUACAGUAUAUGCCCAUAAAGAAACCUGUAGUGAAGAGCUACAUGUUGAAAAAUUGGUCCGCAAAAGUUUGCGGGGAGUUAAGCUACCAUCUUCCCAGAAAUCCACUGGCCAGAGUUCUACAGACAGUACUAAGCUACAACUAGUUUGGGGCAGCACCAUGUAUCACAUAAAUGAUCUCCCAUUCAGUGCCGUUGAAUUGCCAGAUGUGUAUACCCAAUUUCGUAAGUCUGUGGAAUCCAAGUGUAAAAUCAGAGGUUGUGUUAAGAUUCCAAUAUCUCUUGGGCCAACAUCUAGCAUUGAUGAUUGGGGAUGUGUUCCUUCACUUGAGCAACUUGGACUUCACCAGCUAAAGGUUAGCAAGGGGUUAAGAUUUGUAGGUGGUGAAACAGCUGCACUCAGCAGGGUGAUCGAGUACUUCUGGAAUGAGGACUUAAUAAGGAUAUAUAAAGAGACAAGGAAUGGGAUGUUGGGAGCUGAUUACUCAACUAAGUUCUCGCCCUGGCUUGCUUCAGGAAGUCUUUCACCAUGUUAUGUUUAUGAGGAGGUGAAAAGAUAUGAAAGGGAGAGGCAAGCAAAUGAUUCAACAUACUGGGUGUUGUUUGAAUUGAUAUGGAGGGACUACUUCAGGUUUCUUUCAAUUAAAUGCGGGAAUUCCUUGUUUCAUUUAGGUGGCCCAAGAAAAAUUGAACGCAGGUGGAGUCAAGACCCUGGGCUUUUUGAAUCCUGGAGAGAGGGUCGUACUGGGUACCCCCUUAUAGAUGCCAAUAUGAAGGAACUCUCUGCCACUGGGUUCAUGUCAAAUCGAGGAAGACAGAUUGUGUGUUCCUUUCUUGUUCGAGAUAUGGGUAUCGACUGGCGUAUGGGAGCUGAAUGGUUUGAGACAUGUCUCUUGGAUUAUGAUCCAUGUUCGAACUAUGGAAAUUGGACCUAUGGAGCAGGAGUUGGGAAUGAUCCACGAGAAGAUCGCUAUUUCAGCAUCCCCAAGCAAGCACAAACAUAUGAUCCUGACGGUGAGUAUGUAGCAUAUUGGUUGCCACAGUUACGAGCACUUCCAGAAGGUAAAAGAAACUUUCCUGGAAAGUCGUACAUAGAUCGAGUUGUACCUCUCAAGUUUGGAAACACUAACGAGGGACGUAGCCGAGGUACCAUGGUUUCUGCUAAAGCAAACCAAGUUUAGAAAGAAUCAAAACAGGGGAUAUAACAGGUAGGAGAGUGCAGACAAAUUUAAGUGCUUUUUCCCUAUUUGAUUGAUGAUGAAGACAGUCUUCACAAUGGAACAUGUUUCAUAUGACCUCCAUUUAUUUUGGAUGCAGGCAAAUUCAGAAAAGAAAAAAAAAAAAAAGAUUUGUUAUGUAGUUCAUAAUAGAA